CUUGACUCCUGUGCAGAGAGCACAGUACGCUCAGCGUCACAGGCUUACUUCUCUUUGCUUUUGCCCCCUCGUCUCCACUGCUUGACCCGGGGAUAGACCCUCCAGCUGCUACCCUUUACCUGGUGAACCUCUGGCUUUAGGAGCUGUACCUCCCCCUGGUUUGAAUAAGACACACGUUUGACUUUUUGUCACAGAAUGUCCUUGGGAGGAGGGAACAAGUGUGGCUCUUGCCAGAAGACGGUGUACUUUGCAGAAGAGGUGCAGUGCGAUGGACGGAGCUUCCACAAGUCCUGCUUCCUGUGCAUGGUGUGUAGGAAGAACUUGGACAGCACCACAAUAGCGGUCCACAGUGACGAGAUCUAUUGCAAGGCCUGCUAUGGCAAGAAGUAUGGGCCAAAAGGCUACGGCUUCGGACAGGGUGCCGGCACGCUGAGCACGGACACUGGAGAGUCUCUGGGGAUUCAACCUGCUGCAGCUGCUCUUCAUCAGCCCACCACCAACACCAACACGUCCAAGCUGGCCCAGAAGUUCGGUGGGUCCGAUAAGUGCCCACGAUGCGGCAAGGCAGUCUACGCCGCUGAGAAAGUGAUCGGAGCCGGAAGUGCAUGGCAUAAGAAUGGAUGCUUUCGCUGCGCCUUGUGUGGGAAAGGGCUGGAGUCAACUACGUUGGCCGACAAGGAUGGAGAAAUCUACUGCAAAGCAUGUUAUGCAAAAAACUUUGGACCCAAAGGAUUCGGCUAUGGACUGGGUGCAGGGGCCCUGUCUCACACCUAGUGCAGACCAGCUCCUAGCCUUCCUAUGUCCUCCUCAGAGCAGAAGGUCAGCGGACAUGGCUGCUCUACUGCCUCCUGUCACUGGGACCACCACCCUGGGGAGGGCUGCUUCUUGAAACACAUGAAUAUGUAGCUGGUGGCAGUAUGAAUCCUUUGAUUUCAAGAUUUCCCAUUAUAAACCUCCAGUGUUAGCCAUUCAAAGCUAUGUCAGCCAGUUACUGAUGUCGCAAAGAACCAGAAUAAAAUAAUUUGAAAAAAAAAGAAUUUAUUCUUGAGAAACGUCUGAUGGUGUUAUAAUGGGUCUAAGAAAGUUGUCAAAUUUAAGUAAUUAUCUUGAUGUAUUUAACUUAUGAACAGCGAUGAAAUGCAAUGCAAGGACUCUAAUCAUCUGGUUGACAUUCGCCUCUCCCCACUAAUGACUUUAAUGUAAAUAAAUGUUGAUCAUACAUGUUA